UGAAGAAGUCGGCCAUUUUACUGAUAAUGUUUUCACAUAUUACGAAAAUACUAUCUUGUGUUAAAUGAACUAAAUGUUAAAAUUGAGGACGUGAUUUUGUUGUGUGACAUUAAGUGAUGGAAGGACAAAUAAUUAUGGCGUUUUGGACAAUGGUGUAACACAGUGUAUCGUGGUGAUAUUGAAUCUGGUCUAUAGAAACAAUUCGUGUGUUGAUUUGUUGUGAAAUAUGUCUGGAGAGGACGCUGUUUGUUCCGGGAACGGGAUGCAGAUCCAGGUAUUCCGCCCCACAUGGGAUGAGUUCAAGGAUUUCAAUAAAUACAUCCAAUAUAUGGAGUCGAAGGGAGCUCACAAAGCAGGGCUUGCGAAAGUGAUUCCUCCUCCAGAAUGGGUUCCUCGUAAAAAUGGUUACGAUUUAGACGAUCUGAACAUCACAAUACCGGCGCCGAUAUGUCAAGUGGUGACAGGGAAGCAAGGUUUAUUUCAACAAAUAAACAUACAGAAGAAAGCUAUGACUGUCAAGCAGUUCGCCGUGAUGGCUAAUUCAGCGAAGUACUGUACCCCUCGGCACUCAAGUUAUGAUGAUUUAGAGCGUAAAUAUUGGAAAAAUGUCACAUAUGUAGCGCCCAUAUACGGCGCUGAUGUGAAUGGAAGCAUCACAGACCCUGACGUCAAAGAAUGGAAUAUCAACCACUUGGGCACAAUUCUGGACUUCGUUAACUCUGACUAUGGCAUUGAGAUUGAUGGUGUUAACACUGCGUACCUGUAUUUCGGCAUGUGGAAGACCACAUUUGCUUGGCACACUGAAGAUAUGGAUUUAUACUCCAUUAACUAUCUCCAUUUCGGAGAACCAAAAACUUGGUACGCUAUACCUCCAGAACAUGGAAAAAGAUUUGAAAGAAUUGCAUCUGGAUUCUUCCCAACUUCAGCAAAGACGUGUUUAGCUUUUCUACGACACAAAAUGACUUUAAUUUCACCACAGAUACUCAAACAGUACUCUGUUCCGGUAAAUAAGAUUACGCAAGAAGCGGGAGAAAUUAUGAUCACAUUCCCAUAUGGAUAUCAUGCUGGAUUCAACCAUGGUUUUAACUGUGCUGAAUCCACCAACUUUGCUGCUCCCAGAUGGGUUGAAUACGGCAAACGAGCGAUGCAAUGUACAUGCAGCAACGAUAUGGUGAAAAUCUCCAUGGAUACUUUUGUGAAACGAUUCCAACCAGAUCGUUACGAACUCUGGUUGAAAGGGCAGGAUAUUGGCUGUCAUCCGGAACAACCAGAAAAGAUGGUUCCAGCUCCACAUCCAUCUGGGCAAGAUAUACUCUGCAACAAAAACAACACAGAACUUCCAGAGUCAUUCAUAGAAGCAGAAGAGGAAGGUCUUAAAAAGAAGAAACGUCACCCAUUGCACUUGAAACGAGCGAUGGCCAGUAAGAGCAUAUCAGAAGGAGCUAUUGCCGUAUCUAUCCUUGGACAUGAUGUUAUGGAUGAUGAUGAAAUGACAAUGGCCGAAGGAGACCUUGAUAUGAUGACAUCCAUGAAACGGCAGAAUUUACCUGAUGAAACACAGCUUGAUGUCCUUGAGGAUAUAUGGCUGAAGGGUGACGAGAUGGAUCCUUCCGAGGCACAACUACCAGAUGUUGGAUAUAUAGACUCUGAUGAUGAUUCUGAUUAUGAGGCGCCAAGAAAGAGAGAUAAAGGCAAAGGAAGAAAGAAGCGUAAAGACAGUUCAGAGAAAAAACCUAAAUCAAAAUCAUUGUUGAAAGUUGAAGAAAUUAAUGAGGUUAUUAUUAAAACUGAAGAUGAAAUGAAAGAUAUAAUCGAAAAAACAGAGAAGCCUAAAAAAGUUAAAAGAAUGCCUGUGAAGAAAGAACGGAAAGUCAAAACUAAGAAACUGUCCAAUGAGCAACUUGAACAUAUGGCUGCUGUUGUGUCAAACUGGGAAUCUCCACCUCAUGUUGCUGAUAGCCCUCUGGAUAAACAAACUGCAGUUUUACAAGAUCCCUUGACUGAUAUAGAUGUUAAAACAGAAGAACCAACACCUCCAACAGAAAUUAUUCCUGAAAAGAAGGAAGUGAAAAAACGGAAGUCAUCAACUAAAACCGAUCGACCGACGACCGACCGUAAAAAAUCAGAGAAGCCUAGGAAGGAGCGUGUCAAGAAACCCCCAAAAGACCCAAGCGAAAGAAAGAAACCAGGUCCCAAGCCUAAACCUAAACCAGAAGGAGGUGAAGUUAUUAAACAAAAAAAGCCACGAAAACCUCGCAAUCCAAAGAAAAAUGUAAAUUUCGAAUACAAUUCGCCAUUACAACCAAUAAUGGCAAGUCAGGACCGGGCAUAUGGUUCUUUACCAUACCCGGAGCUAAAAAAUUACACAUCUACUUCAAUACCACAAAAUAGGGAGAUUAAUCGACCAGCAACAUCCACUCCGAACUCGAGUAAUGUCAGCCCACCGAAAUCCUCACCAUCACCAACUAAACCUUACUCCAGCAUACUUCUAGAUUCCAAUCUACGAGUACCAACAUCAAGCCCUGUUAUUGAACCUAUAAACAAGAACCCGAGUGCAUUUGAAGCGGAAUUCAACAAAUUCAUGGCUACAGCACAUAGCAGGUCACUACCAAAUCGGACACAACCGACUAUAUUAAAACAGUAUUCUUACCCAAGGAAAUCACCAAUUAAAAGCGAAGAGACUGCUAAAUCCGAUGUUCCAUUACCAGUUGGUCAAUACAACGACAAUAUUUUCAUAGACGCACCAAUAGAUUACCGAACAUACAAUGUACCUGUUGACCGAUUACAAAAUCCGAAUCAAGAUAACCGAAGUCAAUGGAGAUCGGAGUAUUCACAGAAUAAUUAUACACAAUUACAGAAUGUUACCCAGAUGUACGGACAGAUGGAUUCAAAUCAGUUUUACCGAAGUCCGUACCAAUCACCAUGGUACGGUUAUGCAUGCCUAAACGUACUGACGAAGCAAGAUGCUUCCCCAAGCGUGGAGAAGGAAGAAGUUAAAGUGGAGGUGGAAAGAUUCAUCGACCUUGCAAGGCAGAUGGAAGCUUUCUUCUUACAGCAAAGGUUCCUCUUGUCAGCUAUGAAGCCUGAACUUCUGGUGAAAGAAGACAACAAUGAGUUGAAAUGCGAAUUGCAGCGCAAGGAAGAGCUGCUUCGACGGCACUACGACAAGAUUAGCCAAUGGCAGAACCUCCUUGCAGAUCUACAGGGCCAUACAGUGUACAACAAAUGUCAGCAACAGCAACAGCAGCAACCGCAAUUGCAGCAAGCGGCGUCGCCGAUGCAGCCGCAAUGCAGCAUGCAGCAGAAUGUACAGGUGCAACAAAUGGCAGCAGCAGCUGCAGCGCAACAAGCUGCGUUGCAACAACAAGCAUUGCAACAACAACAGGUACCGCGUCCUCCGCUUCCACCCGCCUACCCCGCAGUAGCCCGACGGUAGCACAUUGUGUAGUAGCAUUUGGGUCAAGUUAGGGCCAGUGCAAACCGACGAACGACAAGGUAGAGGGCAUUAAAUUUACCAGUGCAUAUUUUAUGCUUUUGCUUGUGUCGAGUAGCAGAGACACUGGCUUUAUUUCAAAAUGUAUUUUUUUACAAACGAAAUUAAAACCAUUCGA